CCCUCCUAUCUCGGAUUUCAGACAUGGUCUGCGUCGUCCACGAGCGCUUCAGGUCAGCUCCCGCCUACGUCGCCGCCAAUAUUACCAGGGGAAGGAUCUGCAGGACUGGCCAAUUCAUCCUUCGGGUGCUACAUAUUUCGGAGAGCGAGUAUCGCCCCGCUAUCUCUCCAACUCAAGAACUUGAACCCGCGCUCCUUCAACAGCAGCACAUAGACUUGGACAUCAUCCGAACUCAAUGAUGCUCGUCGUCCAUCGACGCCCAGCGAGCCGAGGGGCUGCUGUCUUGUUGGCGAGAAGAAAGGCCACCACCACAACGACCCACUUACCACCAACGGCGUCCGGCGGCUACACCGCCGCCAUCCUGGAUGAUUCUGCUGUCCGAAAACCUUGGGAAAAGGAUCUCAUCAAGUCGUGCGCUAAACGCAAGCAGGUGAGAGUGAGUCUCGAGUCGAUACUCGACGUCUCGACUGGCGAGAGGCCAUGGAGGGCCUCUUUCGGUGCGGCCAACCCGGACGUGUCCGCCGGCCCAGAACCAGAACUUGGACGGAGGGCAUGCACGAGUUACGUUUCGGACGCCGAGAGACGGAAAAUAGCAGAGGGCCAGCUGCAGAGCGCGCAGUACCUCCACCGGGAGCUGCCGGUCAGAUUAGCGCAGGCCGUCACGGCGUUAGACAAGAUGAAGAAUACAGGGCUAACAUCCACCCUCCCCGUGACACGAGUACGGGAGGACUAUCUUCAGAACUUCCGGGAGCUGCAAGAGUCCCCGAGGCCGCACGAGCUGGAACAGGUGGUGGCGUUUACGGAGACGGUUAGGAGGGUGCAGAAGCGGGGCAGCGACACGGUGCUGCAGAUGGCCUGCGGGCUGCAGGACCUGAUGCGGGAUGGCAAGCGGGAGGAAAGCGAGGCGCUUGGGCGGAUCCAAGAUUUUUUGGACGAUUUUUACCAGAAUCGCGUCGCAAUGAGGUUCCUCUGCGGGCACUACCUGGCCCUGUCGUCGACACAGCGGGACGGCUUCGUGGGCCUGGUUCAGCGAGGGGUUAGCUUGGCGGGGAUCGCACAGUCGGCUGCGGUGGAGGCCGCCUCGAUUUGCUGCCACGCCCUUGGCGCCUGCCCCGAAGUCCGCUUGAGCGUCGACCCGGCGGGGGACGGCCUCGUCGCCGCGGUGCCGGAGUACGUCCACUACGUCAUCCUCGAGCUGCUCAAGAACGCCAUGCGCGCCACGAUGCAGGCACACGGCGGUGGCAAAGCUUGGGCUGGGAUGGACGUGGCGGCGGAGGAGGAUGCUCGAGUGCAGGAGCGAAAAGGAGCCGAGGAAGAAGGGGGUUCGAAUAUCGUUUUCGCGGACGUUCCCGAGGUGGUGAUUUCCGUGAGGCCUCAUGGCGAGGAUGACGUCAUGCUCGUCGUGGCGGACCAGGGCGGAGGGAUUCCGGCGGAGGCUACCGACAAGGUUUGGAGCUACCUCUACACAACGGCGGGGGACGCCGUGCAGACUUCGUACUUGGCGAACGGCGGCAACUCCGCGUCCAAGGCCCCCCCGCUCGCGGGCUUGGGCUACGGACUCCCACUCAGCCGACUCUAUGCUCGAAAUUUCGGGGGUGAGCUGAAGUUGAAGCCCUCGGCCUCAGGCAAGGGCACGGAUGCGACUCUUCAGCUCAGUCGGCACGGUACUCGCCUCGAACCCCUUGUGUGGCCAAAGACCCGGGACAUGAUCGAGGAGUUGUACGCGCACGUUCACUUGUAGUAGUAGGUCGCGUUUGUUCUCGCUACUUUUCUGCGGAGAGAGUGAGUGGCGCGGGCAACGAGUGGGGAAGCCGACGAGCUUUUGUGUUGUCUUUUUGCGAUCGCAGUCUGGAGACGGAAGACUCGCACGCGAGUCAAGAGAGAUUGCGUGUGGGUCUGCGUUGUUUGUAGCUCUCGCUUGUCUGCGUGUGGUAAUUGGGAGAUGGAAAGGGGGGGGGGGGGGAGCAUAGGUUUCUUCCCACGCGGCAGUAGGGCUACCCGAAACCUCCCUGUCUAUCUCCUUGUGGACAUGAUCAUCAAUCAGUCCUUUGUGGUGGUGGAUUUACGGAGAUUCGUGCUUGCUGUGGUGGUGACAAGAUUUUCUGGGUGGUGGGCGGCUGGCAAAAGGUCGCAUUUCAUCGUUUAUGGGGCAGGAGGCAACGCUGAAAAGGGUAGGUCAAAUACUUUCGAAUGUGUCGUUCGUCGGUGUGCGAGUUAGUUCGUGAUCCGGCCUUGAGCGACCUGUUGUGAGUAAUGUUCUUGCAGGGUGGCGUGCAGACGGAGGGACCGGGGCGCGCAUGCCGCAGGUUGUUUCGGAACGGAAAUAGUGGCAGAUGUGUGUGUGUGUGCGUGUGACUGGUUCUUGUGCUUGUUGUGUUGUCGGAUGUUGUUAAGGUGCAGGUAUCGGCAUCGGGCUGCUGUUUCAGUAGUACUGCUGAAAAUUCCGUUUCUUCCGCAAGGGCUUGCUCAACGUGUCUCUUGUGUUUUGGUUCAGCGGGGUGGGCUGGAUCGAGCAAUCAGCACUACUGUAGGCGAACCCAUUGGUCGUUUCGUGAUAGAGCGCGGCUUUCUGUCGCACGUAGUACCGCUGUGGCAAUAGCGAGUAGGUGCACCGGGCGCUGUCGUUAUCUUCAGCGAGUUUUGUAUUUUUUGGGCACCCCAGUGCCCGUGACCCCGUCGGGUGCGAUAAUAUACCGAUACCGGUAUUGUUUUCAUUUCGUUUUUAUGUAGCUUUUCCAAGGCACCCCGGUGCGAUAACUUGAUUGUUGGUGCGAUGCCGAGUAAUAUACAGCGCAGCGGCCUGAUUCUUGGUGCCGCUGUCCUGUCGUUAUGCACCCCCGGUGCGAUGUCUCCAAUAAAGGGGUGAUGUUGAGUAAAUAGCACCGUCUCGGCUUUCUGG